AUGGCUCUCAACGCUGCAUCUCACAACGUCACUGGCGACCCAACAGGCUCCCCUUCAGGCCCUCCUCCACCAGUCUCCGCAGACAUCGUUUCCACCGCUCAAGAUGCAGCCAAGAAGGAUGCGCUGGGCAACAAUGUGCCCGGUCAGGAUCAACAGAAUAAUGAAAACGGGCAGACCGUGAUGGGUGCUGCAGGAAAGCCAAAAACUGCCAAAGAAAUCGAGAAAGAGCGUAAGAAGGCCGAAAAACUCGCCAAAUUCCUAGAAAAGCAAUCCAAACAGCAAGCACCCGCAGCAGACGCAGCCUCGAAAGCCCCGAAGAAAGAAAAGGUCAAAAAAGCCGCCGCCGCCGACGCCUACGAGCCGCAAAAGAUUGAGUCUGGCCGCUACGAGUGGUGGGAAAGUCGGGGUUACUUCAAACCUGAAUUUACGAAAGAUGGCAAAGUCAAACCAGAAGGCAAAUUCGUCAUCCCAAUCCCCCCUCCCAACGUCACGGGCUCGUUGCACAUGGGACAUGCUCUCACCAACUCACUGCAAGAUACCAUGAUCCGGCAUGCAAGAAUGAAAGGGAAGACUACCGCGUGGAUUCCGGGAUGCGACCACGCCGGCAUUGCAACACAAACUGUUGUAGAGAAGAUGCUGUAUAAGCUGGAAGGCAAGACUCGACAUGAUAUCGGCCGAGACGCCUUGCUUGAGAAGAUCUGGACCUGGAAGGAGAAGUACCAUCAGAAUAUCACCAAUCAGCUGAAGCGUCUUGGCGGUUCAAUGGAUUGGACUCGAGAGGCUUUCACCAUGGACGAAAACCUUUCGCUUGCGGUGCGCAAGACGUUCAUCGAUCUCUUUGAGGAAGGCAUCAUCUACAGGGCCAACCGCUUGGUGAACUGGUGCUCUGCAUUGAGCACCUCUCUUUCCAAUCUCGAAGUCGACAACAAAGAAUUAAAAGGUCGGACGAAGCUGAAGGUUCCAGGCUAUGACAAGAUGAUCGAGUUUGGUGUCCUGACAUACUUCAAAUACCCCAUCAGUAAAGAAGGCGAUGACUCUCAUAAGAUGUCCACUUCGUCUGACAGAUUCAAGGGUUACGAAUUCAUUGAGAUUGCAACAACUCGUCCCGAGACCAUGCUCGGUGAUACGGGCAUCGCUGUACAUCCUAACGACAAGAGGUAUCAGCAUCUCGUGGGCAAGACUGUGAUCCACCCCUUCCUUCCUGACCGAAAGAUUGUGAUCUUUGCAGAUGAGGAAGUGGAGAUGGAUUUCGGUACUGGGGCUGUGAAGAUUACACCUGCACACGACCCCAACGAUUUUCUUAAAGGCAAUAAGCACAACCUCGAGUUCAUCAACAUCCUCAAUGACGAUGGUACGCUGAACGACAAUGCCGGCCCCUUUGCAGGACAAAAGAGAUUUGACGUCCGUUACGGCGUAAUCAACGCUCUGAAGGAGCUUGACCUCUACACCAAACAAGAGGACAACGCCAUGACGAUUCCGAUGUGUUCGAGGAGCAAGGAUGUGGUUGAGCCCGUAAUGAAACCCCAAUGGUGGAUGAAGAUGACGGAUCUUGCCAAAGCCGCGGACGAGGCCGUUCUGGACGGACAGAUUCUCAUCAAACCCGAGUCCGAGUCUCGACGAUUCCACCAAUGGAUGCAAAAUAUCCAGGAUUGGUGUAUCUCUCGACAGCUGUGGUGGGGACACCGUGCACCGGCAUAUUUCAUUGAGCUCGAAGGGGAAGACAGUGAUGAAGGCGACGACAAUUUCUGGGUUUGUGCUUACGAUGAGCAAGAGGCACGUGCCAAAGCAGAGAAGAAAUUUCCAGGCAAGAAGUUCACUCUCAGAUGGGACGAAGAUGUGCUGGACACCUGGUUCUCGUCUGCUCUCUGGCCUUUCUCGACACUGGGCUGGCCAAAGGAGACCCUGGAUAUGAGAGAGUUAUAUCCCACAUCCAUGCUCGAAACUGGCUGGGACAUUCUCUUUUUCUGGGUGGCCCGUAUGGUCAUGCUGGGGUUGAAGCUGACUGGCAAAGUUCCAUUUACUGAAGUCUACUGCCACUCAUUGAUCCGAGACGCUGAAGGACGAAAGAUGUCGAAGUCGUUGGGCAACGUCAUUGACCCCCUGGACAUUAUUAGAGGCAUUACAUUGGAAGACCUCCACAAAACUCUCUAUGCCGGCAAUCUGGACACAGCUGAGAUUGAACGGGCUAAAGCGUAUCAAAAGUCGGCUUUCCCCAAGGGCAUCGAGGAAUGUGGUGCUGACGCACUGCGGUUCACCCUAGUCAAUUAUACCACUGGCGGAGGUGACAUUGCUUUCGAUAUCAGAGAAAUUGAAGCCAAGCGACGAUUCUGCAACAAGAUCUAUCAAGCCACCAACUUUGCCCUCGGUAGACUAGGUGGGGACUUCGUACCGGAUGUCAAGUCGACAGACAACGAACCGAAAUCGCUGUCCGAGAAAUGGAUCCUACACAGACUCAAUGCUGCGGCUAAAGAGGUCAACGAGGCCAUCGAGGGGCGCGAAUUCUCCGUGGCUGCCGGUACUCUGUAUCAGUAUUGGUUCACUCAGCUCUGCGAUACGUUCAUCGAGAACUCCAAAUUCAUCUUGACUCCUGAAGCAUCAGACGAUGUGCGGAAGUCAGCACAGCAAACCCUCUACACCGCUCUUGAAGGAGGUCUAUUGCUGAUGCAUCCACUGAUGCCCUUCUUGACCGAACACCUGUGGCAGAAAUUACCUCGGCGCAAGUAUGACAAGACCGAGAGUAUAAUGGUUGCUAAAUACCCCGAGUAUACCGAGAAGCUCGACAACCCCAAGCAAGCCGAGGAGUAUGAGUUCGUCAUGGCCAUUGCUACUGGCAUUCGAAGCUUGCUAUCACAGUAUGGAUUCAAGGAGCCGGGAGACCUGAUCAUUCAGACCUACUCGGAGACGGCUUUCCGGACUGUCUCUGACGAACGGACAUCACUCAAGUCCCUAGGUGGAAAGUACGCCGGCGAAAUUGAGGUUCUCCCUCCUAGUGCAGCUUCCCUCCCCCCUGCUGGCUGUGCACUUCAGAGCAUCAAUGCAGAUGCAGCGGUGUAUUUGAAGGUGGCUGGCAAGGUUGAUCUCUCCGAGGAGCUCCAGAAGCGUGCCAAGGGUGUUGAAGACGCCAAAGCACGACUAGAGAAGAGCAAGAAAAUCAUGAGUGCCGCCGGAUGGGAAAAGGCUAGCCCAGAAACGAAGAGAAAGGAACAGGAGAAGCUCGAGGAUGCCGAGAGCGAGGUGACGAGGUUACAAGAAGCCAUCAAAGACCUGGAGCGGUUGCAGCUGGAGGGCUAG